AUGCAGUCGAAGGCCGAGCUGUUGCCAUACCAGGCGCACUACCUACUGACUCUGAUGGCAGUGGCGGCGCGGGUCUACCGCCACCCCAGUCUGAAGAACUCAGUGAGCCUGGUGGUUGUGAAGAUGCUGGUGGUGGAGGACGAAGAUGUUGGGCCACAGGUGUCCAGCAAUGGAGGAAUGGCCCUCAGGAACUUCUGUAACUGGCAGCAGCUCUUCAACCCCUCUAGCCAGAGGCACCUGGAACACUACGAUACAGCCAUCUUAUUCACCAGACAAGACAUCUGUGGUCAGAGGAGCUGUGACACCCUGGGGGUGGCUGACGUGGGCACCAUGUGUGACCCUAAGAGAAGCUGCUCUGUAAUAGAGGAUAACGGUCUGCAGGCCGCCUACACCGUGACACACGAGCUAGGUCAUGUACUCAGCAUGCCUCAUGACGACUCUAAUAACUGUAUCAGAUGGUUCGGACACCUGGAUGGGCCCCACAUGAUGGCGUCUGUGUUUUUUAGCCUCAACAAGACUUUGCCAUGGUCGCCAUGUAGCGCCCGCUAUGUCACAGAGUUCUUCGACAAUGGAUAUGGUGACUGUCUGUUGGAUCCUCCAGAGCAGACACUCCCUCUCCCUGUUGAUCCCCCAGGUGUCUCCUACAACCUGGACCGUCAGUGCCAGCAGGCCUUCGGGGAGGAGUUCACCCUGUGUCCGGACACCCCAGAGGACCAGACUUGCAGCCAGCUAUGGUGCCGGGAGGAGGGCCAGCCACACUGCACCACCCGGAACGGCAGCCUGCCCUGGGCUGAUGGCACGCUCUGCUGGGCUGGGGCUGGAGCUGGGGCCAACACCACCUGUCAGGGAGGUGUCUGUGCUGCAGUGACUGAUCAGCAGAAAAGAGAGGAGCCUGUGGACGGAGGGUGGGGUGUGUGGGGCCCCUGGGGGUCGUGCUCCAGAUCAUGUGGCGGAGGGGUGGAGUUUUCCGAGAGAGAAUGCACUGAUCCCAAGCCACAGAACGGAGGAGCAUACUGUGCGGGACAGAGAGCCAAGUACCAGGCCUGUAACAUACAGGCCUGCCAAGAUGAGCAUGGUAAGAGCUUCAGAGAUGAGCAGUGUGAGAAGUACAACAGCGACCGAUAUCUGGACAGCCAUGGGAACAUCAAGCAGUGGAUCCCCAAGUACAACGGUGUCUCACCAAGGGACAGGUGCAAACUGUUCUGCAGAGCAAGAGGCAGCAAUGAAUUCAAAGUCUUCGAGGCCAAGGUUGUUGAUGGCACCACCUGUGGCCCAGACACCACCUCCAUCUGUGUCCAAGGACAGUGCGUCAAAGCUGGCUGCGACCAGGUGAUCGGCUCCAGUGUGAAGCUGGACAAAUGUGGCAUGUGUGGGGGUGAUGGAACAACCUGCAGGAAGAUCACUGGAUCGAUGAAUAAAGCCAUAUUCGGCUACAACGACAUUGUGACCAUUCCGGCCGGGGCCACCAACAUCGACAUCAAGCAAAAGAGCCACCGCGGGAUCAAACACGACGGCAACUACCUGGCCUUGAAGACAGAGGUUUCCUACAUCCUGAACGGAAAUUUCUCUGUGUCCACAGCAGAGCAGGACAUCCCAGUCCUGGGCGCCGUACUCCGGUACAGUGGUUCCUCCACCACCCUGGAGAGGGUCUUGAGUUACCAGAAGCUCCGACAGGCAGUCACUGUCCAACUCCUGUCCACAGCCGGAGACGCCUCUCCCCCUAGGGUCAAGUACACCUUUUUCCUCCCCAGGGAUGUCCCCUUCACCAAGCCUGGAGCUGAGGGCAGAGCUUCACUACAUGCGAUUCUGCCACUAGGGGGCUCAGAGUGGGCUCUGGGGGAGUGGUCCGAGUGCUCCAAGAGCUGCGGCUCAGGUUGGUCGAGAAGGAACGUAGAGUGCCGAGACGGGGCAGGCACCCUGUCCUUCACCUGUGAUGAGGACCUGCGGCCGGCAGACAUCCGGCCGUGUGGGGACCUGCCCUGCCCUGUCUGGCAGAUGGGUCCCUGGUCGGCAUGCUCGAGGACAUGUGGUGUGGGGGUGCGCCAUCGAAGCGUGCUGUGUAUUGACUACACCGGUAAGAUGGUGGAGCUAGGGAAAUGUAACCUUGCCAAGAGGCCAGAGGUGGUUUCUUCACAGUGCAGCUACCAGGACUGCUGAGUCUGUGCUGAUAAAGAUGUCAUAGCUUCAAAACGACUAUUGACGGUUUGUUUUCCAACAGAGAUCUACCUCAAAGGAUGUAAAAAAUUAUCAACUAUCACUUCUUAACCUGAAGUUUCUGUUUGCAUCUAGCUUAACACAUUAUCAAAGGCACAUCUUACCUUUCCACAAAUGCUGCUGAUAUUCCGCUGGAGUGGUUGAAUACCACUAUCAUUCAUUUUUGGCGGGCCACAUGCUCCCCUUUUGAACACAUAUGCCCUCAAAUCAAUUCAAAGUAUACUACUUAAUCAAAUUAAGUGACAUUCAAUGUUUUAGGGAAUAAAGAAAAACCUUUUUCAUAUGAAUAGAGACAAUAGCUCAAAUCAAAUAAAAUGUUAUUUCUCACGUGCCGAAUACAACAGGUGUACAACACCUUACAGUCAAAUGCUUACUUAAAAGCCCUUAACCAACAGUGCAGAUUUAAGAAAAUACCAAAAAAAGUGAAAUAAGAAUAACAAAUAAUGAAAGAGCAGUAAAUAACAAUA